UAUGGUCGCUAUUGGCUGCGUUGGUUUGGUGGGUUGCGGAUGCUAAAAGCGAAUCUGCAGCAGCAUGCAAUCAUUGGUUUUAGUCGAAGGCAAUUUAGCUUUGUGGUUGGCGUAGUAAAAUUUACACUGUAUACAUUUGUAGAUCCUUGUUGAAUGUCAGCAAAUCUUGGGGGAAGACAUUUGAAGUGGCAUUAAGAGCAUUGAUGCUUCCCUGUUUGAGCUAAAGGAGGUACUGCACACCCAUGAAACAGAGCUGAUGUAGUAUGAUGAAGUUACACAUUGCUUUCCAGCCAAAAGUCAUUGUUUUGGUCUGAUGUUCAGAUAAAUGGGCCAGGCAGAAUCAAAUGAGAUGGCUCCAAGAAACGGAAUGGCAGGAAUGAAUCUGGACCGUCCUCGGUUACAGUUCAUGGAUUCGCAUAGAGAGUUCAGAGGACCAAGCUUUUUCCACAAUGAACUGCAACAGCAGCAAGUACCACAGCAACAGCAACAAUUGCAGCACCAGCAGCUGCAACAGCGGCAACAGAUUCCUCCAUUCCAAAAACCACAACAGUUGCAACAGCAGCAGAUGCCGCCUUUCCAGAAGCCACAACAGCAGAUGCAGCGACCAGUUUCCCCAUUUCAGAAACCUCAGCAGCAACUGCAACAACACCAGCAGCAACAGCUACAGCAACACCACCACCAGCAGCAGCUACAGCAACACCAGCAGCAGCAGCAGCAGCAGCAGCUACAGCAACACCAGCAGCAGCAGCAGCUACAGCAACACCAGCAGCAGCAGCAGCAGCAGCAGCUACAGCAACAGCAAGAGCAACAACAACAUCAACAGCAGUUACAGCAACAACUGGAACUUCAGCAACAAGAUCAGUUACAGCAGCGUAUAGAACAACAACAGUUGCAGCAACAACAACUUCAGCAACAACAGCAGCAGUUGCUACAGCAAGAUGUCCAGCCGCAACCAUCAUAUAAGCAGAAACCCAAACUGAUUGACCUGCAGCUCCACAGUACAAAGCCUCGAGCUGCUCGACCUGAAACUGCUGACUGGUCCCCUGUCACGGACCUGUCACCGAUACUGGAUGUGUCCCCAACCCUUGAACGUGCAGAGCAGGAGUUGAUGCAGCGUUUCCAGGCGUACUUCCUGUUGCAGGAGGGCGGGACCUUGGAUCCGGCCCGUCCCAUUCAACAAACCCAACAGCACACACAGCAGCAGCAACAGCAGCUGACAUCAGCAGCAGCAUCUGCUGCCAAGCCAUCCACGGGCACUAUCAGUGGCAUGCUUGCUGACUUCAGCAAGGCUCUUGGUUUGGGUGGCACAUCUCCACAUCCAUCACCAUCAGAAGAUAAACCAGACAUACAGGAACAGCUGCAGCAAGGAUCAGUAUACCAAGAUAACAUAAGUCAGCAUCCACAUCAACCACCACCGAAUUUACAUCACAUGCAGCAGCAGUUACAACUUCAGCAGCAAACACAGCAACUACAACUUCAGCAGCAAGCACAGCAGCUACAACUUCAGCAGCAGCAACAGCAUCAGCAGCGUCAACAAUUACAACAACAAGAACAGCAG